AUGGUUCAAUCCACUCCAUACAAUCCUCAAUCGAAUGGCCAAGCUGAGGCUAGCAAUAAAGUUAUAAAAGGGAUCUUGGUAAAAAUUAUUAAGGGUAACCCCAAAGAAUGGCAUUCCCUCCUCUCUAAUACUCUAUGGGCAUAUAGGAUCUCAAAAAGGUCUAGUAAUGGAACGACACCAUUCGCACUCACAUAUGGCCAUGAUGCCGUCCUUCCCCUUGAGAUAUCAGUGAGAUCAUUGAGGGUGUCUAGUCAUGACGAGUGGAGUAAGGAUGAGUACAACCAAGCCAUGGCGCAAGAGUUGGAUGCCUUGGACAAGCUCAAGGCACAAAAGGAGACAGUGGCCUGA